GCGGCUCAGAGGAGGGUGGUGGGGCUGGAGCGGUGGGGGUCAGUGCUGCGGCUGCGGGGCCGGGCAGGAGGCUGGGUCCUCCCGAGGCGGGCACCGGCGGUAAUAACGUGCGUGCGGAGAAGCCCCCUCGGUAGGGACCGUGUGAGGAGAGCCGGCGCCGGUCCCCUCGGCACAUCCCCGCUCCGCAGCGGCCGCUAUGGCGCAAGCCCUCGCCUCCCCCGGGCUCUUCUCCGACGACGAGGCCGCUCCCUCGCCCGUUCUCGAGUCCACCGCAGCGGGGUUCGGGGCCGACGUGCGCAAGGCGCUGCUGUCCGAGUUCUCCGCCAUCUCGCCCAACCUCGAGGGCUCGCAGCAGGCUGCCACUGAAGAUGUUAAUGAAUUAAAGGUGUAUCUGAGAGUUCGACCUCUGAAAUCUACAGAGCUGGAGAAAGGUGAAGACCAGGGUUGUGUCUGCAUUGAGAAUUCAGAGACUCUUCUUCUAAGAGCCCCCAAGGACUCCUUCACCAUGCGGAGCACAGAACGCGGAGUGGGACAAGCAGCACAUAGGUUCUCUUUCACUCAAAUUUUUGGACCAGACGUGGGGCAGAAAUUGUUCUUUGAUGAGACAAUGAAACAGGUGGUAAAGGAUGUACUGGAUGGGCAGAACUGGCUGGUUUACACCUAUGGGAUCACCAAUUCAGGGAAGACUCACACCAUUCAGGGUAGCAUCAAAGAUGGUGGGAUUCUGCCUCGCUCCUUAGCAGUCAUCUUCAAUAGCGUGGGGGACCGGCUGUACCAAGCCAUGGACCUGAAGCCUUCGCUCUCCAAUGAGGUGAUCUGGCUGGACAGCAGGCAGGUUCGGCAGGAAGAGACCAAGAAACAAACCAUGCUGCGGGGAGGUCCGUGGGAGGAGGAGCUGUUAACACCACUGAAAAGGAGUCACAGUGCUGAAUCUCAGCUCCAGGCCACCACCAGUGGCAGCUUUGACAGUGGAGUUGCCGGCCUCUCUUCAUCUAGCCACCUUACCAGCCAUUCAGACAUCAGCCAGACAGAAGAACUGGGCCCUCGCUGGGCUGACUUAGAUCGUGUUUCGCUCUCCACCACCACGGGAGAUGUGCAGUUUUCCAUCUGGGUCUCCUUCUUUGAGAUUUACAAUGAGUUAAUCUACGACUUGUUAGAACCAACUCCACCUGGCCAGAACCGCAAGAGGCAGACACUGCGGCUCUGUGAAGACCAGACUGGCAACCCCUAUGUGAAAGAUCUAAACUGGAUCAAUGUCCGUGAUGCUGAUGAGGCCUGGAAGCUUCUGAAACUGGGUCGGAAAAACCAGAGUUUUGCUAGCACCCACAUGAACCAGAACUCCAGUCGCAGUCACAGUGUCUUCUCCAUUCGGAUUCUGCACUUGCAAGGAGGUGGCAGUGAAAUUGUUCCCAAAAUCAGCGAGCUCUCCCUGUGUGACCUCGCGGGGUCAGAGCGCUGCAAAGACCAGAAAAGCGGCGACCGAAUGAAGGAAGCGAACAACAUUAAUACUUCCCUCCAUACCCUGGGGCGCUGCAUUGCUGCCCUCCGUCAGAACCAGCAGUCCAAAUUGAAGCAGAUUGUGGUUCCCUUCCGGGACAGCAAGCUAACCCGUGUGUUCCAGGGUUUUUUCACUGGACGUGGGCGCUCUUGCAUGAUUGUCAACAUUAAUCAGUGUGCAUCUACAUAUGAUGAAACCCUGUAUGUAGCCAAGUUCUCAGCCAUUGCCAGCCAGCUUGUUCAGGCUCCUCCUACAAAGGUGGGACUGCCAUCCAUACAAUCAAUCAUCAAAGAGCACAGCAGGAGAACCAGCCAGGGUCCGGAGGCAGUGGCAAAGGAAGAAGUGGAAUCAGAGGACAGUGAGGAUGAAGCAGAUGUCUCCAUGUAUGAGAAGGAGGACUUGUUGCGUGUGGUAGAAGCUGCACGAGAACUGCUAGUGCAAGAGCGGCAGGAGAAGCUGCAACUAGAAAUGCGUCUCCGGGAGGAGAUCUGCAACGAGAUGCUGGAGCACAUAAAACAGAAGGAGCAGUGGUGCAGCCAACAUGUUGAUGCCCAGAAGGAGCUGCUGGAGGAACUGUACGAGGAUAAGCUGAAUAACCUGAAGGAGUCGCUGACUGACUACUACCAGGAGGAGAUCCAGGAGCGUGAUGAGAAGAUUGAGGAGCUCCAAGCUGCUCUGCAGGCAGCAAAACAAAAAUUGGAGAACUUGGAUGCUACGCAAAAGGACUCAGAGCAGCAAGGCUUGCGUCGAUCAAAGCGAGUGGCUGCCUCAUGUGCUCUGCAACAGGAGCUGCUAGAUACUAAAGCCAAACUGGAGCAAUGUCAAAUGGAGCUGAAUACAGCAACAGCAGAGCUGCGCAAGUACCAGAAAUUACUGGAGCCACCUCCCUCUGCCAAACCCUUUACUGUGGAUGUAGACAGGAAGCUGGAGGAUGGACAGAAGAAUGUGAGAUUGCUGCGUUCGGAAUUACAAAAACUUGGGGAGUCUCUUCAGUCUGCGGAGAGGGCAUGCUGCCACAGCACAAGUGCUGGGAAACUUCGAGAAACCCUCUCUACAUGUGAUGACAUUCUGGCUAGACAGGACCAAACACUGGCAGAACUGCAGAACAACAUGAUGCUGGUAAAAUUGGAUCUGCGGAAGAAAGCAGCUUGUAUUGCUGAGCAGUACCACACUGUGCAGAAGCUCCAGGCUCCUCCAAUGUCUACCUUAAAGAAAAGGUUCUGUGCCAACAGGGAAAACCUACAACCUAACCAACCUCCUGGUAAAAAGCCCUUCCUGCACAACCUCCUGACACGUUCAGCUACCCGUCCUGUUGCUGCCAGAGGAUGGCAACUUCGUUCAGUUGCUCUAUGACUUUUCAGAAAGAGAUCCCUGCCCCAUUGUUACUGGAACAGGUGGCAAAUCCAAUGUAAUAGUAUUCUCCUUUAUGUGCUUGUUUAUUAUUGUAGCUGCUUGAGAGCUUAUGUAAACAUUUUUUGGAUAUGUAUGGUUAAACUUUUAAUCAAUACCAAAGUGGACAAAAUGACCUUUUGUAAUUUAAACACUACAACAAGGAAAGUUUUUAAAAUGUAAAAUAAUGCAGAUGAUCAAAUUUGUUUAACAAAAGGAUCAGUUAAAAGUGAAUUUUCCUUUUCAACUAUGUUGGCACACAAUUCAAAAAUAAGUUCACAAGGUCCUCCUUGACAGGUAUUCUCCCCUCCUUGAAUUAUAGUCCUUUAUUAAAGUAUACACGUUCUAGUUCAGGGCAGUUCUCUUGGAUCUUGGCUUGCAAUUCUGGUUCCAAGCGUGUUACAGACAUAGAACUGAGCAAAAGAAACAGUAAGAUGGUUAUAUAUAACAAGCACUUGAAUCUAAAAUAAGAUAGAUGAUGCAUCUGUUUUAAAAUUCCUGGAUUGUGAAAAAGUUUUCAGAUUUUUUGAACUUUUUAUGAGAAACCACUUCACAGAACAGGGGCAAAUGAACCUGCAGGUAAAAGGCAAUAGAGAUAUUCUAUCAAGAAACGAAUUUCCUACUAUCAUGAGGGUAGGAAUCUUCUUAGUUGCUUAAGGUUGUUGCUGGCAAUAGAAACUUCCUUUCCUAAAGAUGUUUUUUCUUAAAUAUAAUGUAUUUACCUAUUUAACUUACUACCUUUCAGUUCAAUAAAAUGUUUAUUUUUAUAAAAGCCAUCUCAUAGUCAAGUGAAUUCAGCUGCCAGGUCAUGUAAAUAGCUGCAAUUUCCUAAGCACAGUUUGAGAUCUAAUCUUCCUGUAAAACUGAGAGCCCUGGUUAGAUUCAAGAACUGUACCACAGUACUGUGUUACUGUGACAGUUCUAUGCUAGUUGACAAUCUAGUGAACCGAGUCAUCUCCAGGUAGCCUUGUGAUGCUUUUUUUUUUUAACCAUAGUUUUUUGCUAUGCCAGGCAAGGAAACAGAUGAUAUGUGCUUUUUGCUACUCAGUUAAAUCAGAUGAGAAUUAAGUGUUUUUUUUUUUUUUUUGGAAGUCAAAAACUACAAAUGUUCACUAUUUUAACCAAUUCAGCUCCAGCUGGUAUCUUUUAAGCUAAAUUUAGCAGCUUGUCAACUUACUGUAGUAAUUGUGACAACCACUAAUAGUGAGAGGGGGACAGGUUAGUUGAAUUUAAGACCGUGUUUAUAGUACAUCCUGCAAUUUGAGUAAAUUUCAGUUGAAGGUAACUCAUCCAGGUUUCAUUCUGAAAUAUUUUCUCAAAGACUUUUGAGUACUGAGCUCUUUUUGUAUUGAAGAAGAAUUCUUUCUGGAGAAAUAUUAAUCAAAUUGCAAAUAAGCACAUAUAGUCAAGUGCUGUUCUCUAUAACCAGGGAAGUUUCCAGCUUGAAAUGCUACGGUUAAACUACUCACCCAAUCCUCUCUUGCUCUGUAUCCCUACUUCACUGCAUCUCUGAAGCUGCUAGCAGUUUGUAAAUGAGUUAGCCCAAUUCAAGCUAUGUAUUACUGAUGAGUAACAUAACUAUUACUUUUAUGAAUAUUCUCAUUUUUAUCACAUUUGUUAUAUGGGAAUUGAGACUGUAUGCUCUGGAAAGCAAUGACAAUUUGUUUGUGUCUCUUUGCAGUAUCUUGCAUGCAUCUGGGAGUGUAACAUUAAAGAAAAAAUAACCUAA